AUGGAUCAAGUAGAGGAAGACGUAGAAGUUACGGAAGCAGAUAUACUCGGAAAUAUCAGUACUGGCAGAGGAAGAUCCAAGGCUUCUCAGGUCGUCAUUAAGCGAAGCCCAUGGAAAAACAUCGGAACGUGGAACGUUAGGACCAUGCUAAAUGCUAGCAAAUUAGAAAAUAUUAAACUAGAAAUGUUGAGAUUAGACAUAGACAUAUUAGGUGUUAGCGAAGUUAGAUGGUCAGGAAAUGGUGAUUUCUGGUCAGACGACUACCGCGUUAUCUAUUCUGGUGAUGAAACACCAAGACGAGCGGGUCUUAGAACUAAACCAAAUGAUAUAGUACUAUUCCAAGUGUAUUUUCCCACAUCAGAUGCAGAAGAUGACGCUAUAGAAGAGGUCUAUUCUGGCCUAGAAGAGCUUUGCAAACUAGCAAAAGGAGAAGAUAACUUAAUAAUAAUGGGUGAUUGGAAUGCUAUAGUAGGAGAAGGUGCAGAGGGUCAAGAAGUCGGUGCAUUCGGUCUAGGAACUAGAAAUGAAAGAGGAGACCGCCUUGUAGACUUCUGUAAGCAACAUGAUAUGACCAUAACUAAUACAUUCCAAAAUAUUCACCGCAGAAAAAGAUAUACUUGGAAAAUGCCGGGGAAUAUCGGAAGAUAUCAAAUAGACUAUAUCAUAGUGAGGAAGAGGUUCAGGAAUCAAGUACAUAGAUGCAAAACAUACCCAGGCGCUGACGUGAACAGCGACCAUAAUCUUCUCAUUAUGAAAUGUAAUGUAGUAUAUAAGAAACUAACAAGAAGAAAUCAAACAACAAUGAAAUAUGACUUGAGAAUGCUAAAAGAUAAUACCAUAAAUACAGCCUAUACAUCCUGA